AAGACUAUACCGCCCGACGAGCUCAAGACCACCACCGCCGCCGACAUCCACUAUGGUCAACAUUCCCAAGACUCGCCGGACCUACUGCAAGGGCAAGACGUGCAAGAAGCACACGCCCCACAAAGUCACCCAGUACAAAAAGGGCAAGGACUCGAUAUUCGCCCAGGGAAAGCGGCGUUACGACCGUAAGCAAUCCGGUUACGGUGGUCAGACCAAGCCCGUCUUCCACAAGAAGGCAAAGACGACGAAGAAGGUCGUGCUUCGGCUAGAAUGCACGGUCUGCAAAUACAAGAUGCAGUUAUCCCUCAAGCGUUGCAAGCACUUCGAGCUUGGUGGUGAGAAAAAGACGAAGGGUGCCGCUCUCCAGUUCGUAAGUACUAUUGCCAUCGCCGCCUGUCUUCCCACUCGUUCUGACGUGUGUGUGUUUGCGCUCAUAGUAAGCGGUCUUUGUGGAGGAUAUCGUCGUGCAUGUUUCCUUUCGUCGCUAUGUAUACUCAGCCCUCAUAUGAUCUGCAAUGCAA